AUGAGCUGCAAAAAACUAGGUCCUCGGACGAAAGGUCUUCUUGUUCUACUUCUAAUCGCAGUUGUGGCAAUCGCUGUGACUGUUCUGGCCGUUCUCUUAACUCGGCCGACAACAAAAUCUUCAACUACUUCUUCGUCCAUUAAUUCGUCUAGCGCUCCAACAACGACGGGUGUCACUUCGAUAGCUACAACAACAACAACAACUCCGGGUACUACUUCGACAGUCACUACUACUGUAACAGAAUCGACGGUAUGGCGUAACACUGGUAGUAUGAAUAAUGGACGAUUUUCGCAUACAGCAUCUGUAUUACCAAAUGGGAAAGUGUUAGUUAUUGGUGGAGAAUAUGAUGUUGACUUUGAUCUAAAUACUACUGAAUUGUAUGAUCCAUCAACAGAAACUUGGUCAACAACUGACAGUAUGAAUAAUGCACGAUUUUUACACACAGCAUCCAUAUUAACAAAUGGAAAAGUGUUAGUUACUGGUGGACAGAACGGUCAUUCAGCUAUAAAUAGCGCUGAACUGUAUGAUCAAUCAACAGGAACUUGGACAGCGACUAACAAUAUGAAUAAUGCACGACAGUGGCACACAGCAUCCAUAUUAAACAAUGGAAAUGUAUUAGUUACUGGUGGACAGAUUGGUUUUUCAGCUAUAAAUAGCGCUGAACUAUAUAAUCCAUCAACAGAAACUUGGACAGUGACUGAUAGUAUGUAUAUGGGUCGAUAUCGACAUACAGCAUCCGUAUUAACAAAUGGGAAAGUUUUAGUGACUGGUGGAUUGGCUGAUGAGUACCUUUUUUUCUAUGGUGCUAUAUUAUAUGAUCCAUCAACAGGAAAUUGGACAAUGGCUGAUGGUAUGCGUCAUGCACGAGAACGGCACACAGCAUCUGUAUUACCAAAUGGAAAAGUGUUAGUUACUGGUGGAUGGAAUGGUAGUAUUGCUCACAAUACUGUUGAAUUAUAUGAACCAUCAACAGAUAUUUGGAGAACGACUGGUAGUAUGAAUAUUGGACGAUUUUCACAUACAGCAUCCGUAUUACCAAAUGGAAAAGUAUUAGUUACUGGUGGACAGAAUGGUCAUUCAGCUAAGAAUAGUACUGAAUUGUAUGAUCCAUCAACAGAAACUUGGCAAAUGAUUAGUAAUAUGAAUUAUGCACGAGAAAGCCACUCAGCAUCCGUAUUAAAAAAUGGGAACGUGUUUGUUGCUGGUGGACUUGAUCGUAUUGGUCUAAAUACUUCAGAAUUGUAUGAAUCAUCUCAAAUAAAUCAACAAUGA